CAAGUAUUUUCUGUAGUUUCUAAUGUCAAUGAUUACAAGCUUUUCCUUCCAAAUGUUAAGGAUUCUGCUUUUGUUAAAAAUGGAAAGGAGACAGUUAGUGAACCUGAUAAAGAUGGACUUGUGGAAAAAUCAUCAGAAGCUUAUUUAACAGUUGGUUUUCCACCAUUUGUUGAGACCUAUACCUCUACUGUUACUCUGAAAGAACCUGUCAGUGUCAGAGCUGUCUCACAAAAUAUGAAAUUAUUUAACAAACUGUCGAAUUAUUGGACUAUUGCAGAAGGUCCAGCUGAAAAUACUUGUAGAUUAACAUUCCAUGUGGAUUUUGAAUUUUCCUCAAAAUUAUACCAACAUGUUGCCAAUAUGUUUUUU